AGCAAUGCUACCUCGCCGCUCUCGUGCGCAACGUAGUUGGCUUGCAGCAGCCACGGUUCGCGGCUGGGCGCUGGCUGGAACUCCCGUUAAUUUUACAUCGACCUGCUUGUAUUUGCUGUUACCAACCGUCGCUUAUUGUGUAUUUGUAGUAAGCAUCCUCAAGGCGACAUUAUCUGGAGGAGUAUAGUUUAUGCCCCCCCCCCCCACUACUCAAAAGGGAGCUAACCGCGGCCAAGUUAUUAUUUUGUUGUCAAGAGUCACUUUCUUCUCCAGACAGUUCAUCUGAUGUCGUCCACCACCCGUAACAUAUUCCAGGGGGUUUACGCAUAUGCGUCAGCUUGGUGAAAAAGUGCCCCAUCGACGUCAAAGUGAGACGAGCAACUGAGGCGUCACCACCAUGCUGGAGGAGGACAUGGAAGUGGCCAUCAAGGUGGUCGUGGUGGGCAACGGUGCUGUGGGGAAGUCCAGCAUGAUUCAGCGCUACUGCAAAGGUGUCUUCACCAAGGACUACAAAAAGACCAUCGGCGUGGACUUCCUCGAAAGGCAAAUCAUCGUGAAUGAUGAAGAUGUUCGCCUUAUGUUGUGGGACACAGCUGGGCAGGAGGAGUUUGACGCCAUCACUAAGGCGUACUACCGUGGCGCCCAAGCGUGUGUUCUGGUGUUCUCCACUAUAGACAGAGAUUCCUUUCUGGCUAUUGACAAUUGGAAGGAGAAGAUCGAAGCAGAGGUGGGAGAUAUUCCCACAGUUCUUGUGCAAAAUAAAAUUGACCUCCUGGAAGAAAGUCUUAUAAAAAACGAGGAGGCGGAGGGCUUAGCCAAGAGGCUGAAGCUGAGAUUUUACCGAGCUUCGGUGAAAGAAGAUUUGAAUGUCACAGAGGUGUUUAAAUACUUAGCUGAGAAGUAUCUUCAACAACUGAAACAGCAAACAGCAGAGGAGACAGAAGCGGUACACUCAACAAGCAAUAAAAUAGGAGUUUUUAAUACCACAAGUACUAAUCAGAGCAACCAGAGCUCCAGCAACGGCAGAGAAGUCAUCACUUUGCGACCAAACAAACAAAGGACCAAGAAGAGUAAAAACCCAUUCGGCAGCUGCAGUCUCAUCUAGACAAACAACAAUUAUUUUUUUUGUUUUUUUUCAUGCUGACCAUUCACAGGUAGCCUCAGAUAGAAACCAAAGUGUAAAGACUGGAAACCAUUUUGUUACACUAACCCUACGUUAGUCUCCUUAUGACAGUUUUUCCACCCACAUUAGUUUAUACAUUUCAUCUCUUUGGUCUGCACAGUUUCAUCGUUCCUUCGACUCUUCAUCCUAUGCACAUGCAGUCUUUCAUGUCUACCGCUGCAGAGAUAUUUGUACAAUACAGAUUAUCACCUAUUUCCAUGCAAUUCACAAACGGGCCAAAAUGAUUUCCACUUUUUCACAAUUUUUGACAUUUAUGUGAAAGGUUUGACAGCUUGAUUACUUUAAAUUCCUUGUUUCACCAGGCAGUAGGCUAUUCUACUCUUCAUUGUGUUUUCAUCUUCCUCGAUAAUGCGACGCAAUAUCUUUGCUCAUACUUUUUGACUUUUUUUCAAGGAGUAAUUUCCCAUUAUCGUACCUCACCACCUAUCAACUUUUUUAUUUGGGAUUCAUUUUUUACUGCAGUUGCUCUUCCAUAUUUUAGCUUUUUAUCUUUGUAUGUCAUUUAGAAGAGAAGUGGAGUAUUUGAACACUCAGCAGGUUAUGGUUUGGGUUAUCUGGAAUGAAUUCAGCAGCUGGUCAAAUAGAUUUUUAUACAAUUCACAGAAGUGUUGAGUGAUAUUUGAAGGUGUUAAUGGCGUCCCGGUGCCAAUUAAUUACUUAAAACAGCAGAGGUUUGAAUGUAAUCUUUAGAUAAUCACUUGUGCAGUUGUAUAACCAAAAAUCAAUAUUAGUGGUACGUGUGUACUUUACUGUGCACUCAUUUGUUUGUUACCAAAUUUGGCCUGUCUGUCAUGUAACAGGAGGCAGACAGACUUGAGUUCCCCAAGUCAUACUCAGCUAUUGGACAUUGAUGUUUUGAAUAGCAGUUAUUUACAUAAUGUUUACUUUGAUAUGACUUAGAGCAAUGCAUUACCAUUAUGAAUCAUCAAUUCGUCCACACAUGUCUUAAACUUGCCUGGCAGACAUCAAGCUCAACAGCUGAGGUUUGUAUCGAAUAUUGUUUGGUUGUGGCUUGUUAGCGUGGUGGUCUUUAUUUGAAUAUUGAGGUGCAGUGACAAAUUGGCCAUCAGGAUUGUAAGGUUGAUUUUCAUAUGUCUGUGUGUGCUCCAACAUUAAAAAUUAAAAUUCUUCUCGAUUAAAAGAAAUGCUUAGUUUUCACUAAGCCAUCUAAAACUGAAGAUUGUUUUAUCUCUCACGGUGGUCUAACAACCACAUAGUCUCAAGGUGUUUUUUUUAGAAGGGUCUCCUCUGUUAAAUAUUGUAAUGUGAAAUCACUUCUUAAUUGUAUUUAAAUGAAUAUAUAAUACAUUGGCGAAUUACACAUGCAUGCUUAUUGAUUUUAUUUUGGUACUGAUUCUCGCAUGUGUGGUGGCAUCCAACAUUGAAAUAUUAGUGCUAAUGUAUACUUUGGACAGUGCUAUUGAAAGGAAAGUGCUGUGACUGUGUUGCAUGCAAAAGCCUUUUGUGACAAAUCACUGAAUGUUCCAUUGUUGCAAAGCCACAAUGCCUUAACCAUGUUUACAUAUUUGUCCAUCAACCUCAAGAAAACACUUUAGUCCCCUAAAAAUGGCCUGUACAUCACAUUUGUACAUAAUCAAUUCUUUACUUUGCCUUUUUGCUUUUUAACCGAAUUGACUUCACGCACUUUAUCAGUGAAAUAGCAUAAUUGUUAGCUAUAAUACCCAAGAACCAGAAAUUUAAAUGAAUAGUAGUUAUGUGCUGUCACUCAGGUGUUGUAUGAUAUUUCUGUGUCGCAGACUUUUUUUGUUGACAUUUCAUCGACCUUUUCACAUUUGCUAAGAAAAAAAACAAUGUUUGCAUUAAGCCCUUGAUGAAAACUAACAAUUGGUAAAUUUUUACUUUGAACAAAUGUAACCCUAUAUGUGCCACACAGCUGUGCUCCAGCUCUCAUGGUGUUGUAGGGAGAACUGAAAUAAAUGACUCUUUACUUUUGUUCUCA